AUGAAAUCUGUAACUUUAAUUUUAAUUGUAUUAUUAAGUAUUAUCGCUCUUAACAGUUGUUUAGUAGCAGCUAAUGUAAAUGAUGAUCCAGCACCAGAAUCAUCUACCGCACCACCAGCAGAAUCAAGUACUGGAUCUUCGCAACCACCAGCAGAAUCGACUACCGGAUCUUCACAACCACCAGAAUCGACUACCGGAUCUUCUCAGCCACCAGCUUCCACUGGAUCUUCUCAGCCACCAGCUUCCACUGGAUCUUCUCAGCCACCAGCUUCAACCGGUUCAUCCCAACCACCAGCCUCCACUGGAUCUUCUCAACCAGCUACCGGUUCAUCUCAACCAGCCACCGGUUCAUCUCAACCAGCCACCGGUUCAUCUCAACCAGCUACCGGAUCAUCUCAACCAGCUACCGGUUCAUCCCAACCAGCUACCGGUUCAUCUCAACCAACCACUGCUGACCCAACCAAUGCUCCAAAUGCUACCACUACUGCUACCACCAAGCCAAAUGCCACUACUACUGCCACUCCAAAACCAGUAACCCCAACACCAUCACGUCAUACCACUGGAAACAAUGCUUUGACUGCCGGAAGUGUCUCUGAAGAAGAAGGUAGCUUUGCCUCACGAAAGGCAAUCAAUGUAGCCGGUAUUUUUGUAUUAGCCUCACUUGCACUUUUCCUUUAA